CCUUCCGCCAACGGUUUUGGUCAUUCAUCGUGCAAAACGUCGCCCCCCACGUGCUAUUGACUCUGUGUCCUCAACUCCCACACUUGCACAUUACAGAAUCGUUGAACGGACCCCGUUGUGUGUGUCCUGCAGGUAUGGCCAGAAAGCUGGUGCAGGAUCGGCUUUUCCGCCGUAGGACCAACAAAGUGACUAGGUUCAACAAUGACAUCGCCCCUUCUGUGGAGCGGAAAUCUCACUUUGUGACCGAACUGAACCUCUUCAAGCGGGCAUCUCGCGAGGACUGGAUUCGGGACGGCACAUUCCACGACGCCGUCGGGGGCCUCCUGGCAACGGCCCAACUGUUUGCCGUCAUGCCCGUGUGUGACGUUACGGCCAAAGAUCCCCGCAGGUUGCACUUCUCUUGGUUCAGCAAACGGGCACUCUACACGUACGUGGGGCUAGCCGGGACGGCGUUUGUAGCGGUGAACGCCAUCAUACGGUUCUUGAUGAAAAAUUUCAACUUUAACCGCCUGACGACGGUGUUCUUCUACUCGUACAAUCUGUACGGGAUGUAUCGCUUUCUGCUGUUGGCUCGAAAGUGGCCAAAGUUGAUGCAGUCGUGGUACGACGCGGAACAGACAUUGCCCCAGAUGGGCAACGUCGUCGAUCGAGGGGCUCUCGCUUGGAAGAUCAAGAUGAUUUCGUUGCUUGUAAUAACAAUGUCUUUGACGGAACAUCUGAUCUCUAUCAUUGCAGCCGUUUAUUACACUUCGGACUGUCCGGAUAUUGGCGAUCCGGUGGACUUUUUCUUCAAGUCUAAUUUUGUUUUUAUUUUCCACUACUUUGAGUACAGUAAAGUGAGAGGAUUUUUCAUUAAAUACAUCAACAUUUUAUGCACCUUUCUGUGGAGCUACAUCGAUUUAUUUGUGAUUGUGACCAGUAUAGGACUUUCACAUACGCUCAAGAGAAUCAACGAAUAUUUGAUGAAGCAUAAACGAGAGAGCAUGACAGAGAAAUUCUGGGGUGAACAACGACAAAACUACCGUAACAUCUGUGAUUUGGUACAACAAGUGGACGAUGUAGUUUCCAUCAUAACCAUGCUAUCCAUUUCAAAUAAUCUGUUCUUUAUUUGUGUAUCAAUAUUGCAAAGUUUAAACUCCCAUCCAACGUUUGUCCACACGGUGUACUUUUGGCUCGGCCUAAUCUUCCUGAUCGGUCGAACGCUGGCCGUGUCGAUGUACGCCGCCGAGGUCAACGACGAGUCCAAGCGGCCCAUUGAGGUGCUGCGGACGAUCCCGCGGGACGGGUGGUGCCUCGAGGCGAAACGCUUCGCCGAGGAGGUUGUCAACGAUACCGUGGCCCUCACCGGGAUGAAAUUCUUCAACAUGACCCGGAAGCUGGUUCUCAAAGUGACCGGCUCGAUCAUAACCUACGAGCUGGUGCUGAUACAGUUUCACCAGGACGAACCCGUCGAGGUGGAUUUGUGCAAAAUGAGAAGUUUCUAGGGGGGCGUGA